AGAAGGGCUGGGAGGACGUGAAUCAGAGGGGAGACGUGGGGGCUCCUACGUGUUUAUUUACAUUACUUAAUUCCUCCUGUGGCCUUUUUCCCUAACUUCCAGAAAAAAAAGCAAAUUCCAAAGUCAACAGGACGGGCUGGAGCCGGGGAGGGGCUCUGCCGGUUUUGCCCCAAAGCCCUUGGGCAGCUUCCCCUCCUCCUGAGAGUCGCCCCCUCCCCAUGCCAUUUCCCACAAUCCUCCUCCACGAAGGCCUGAACGCCAACCCAAGCCUACGGUGCAGUAGUGGUCACAGGUUUUGGAGUCCAAAGACUUGCUGUGUGACCCCGGACAACUCAAUCAACUGCUCGGGUGCUCGCUUUCUUUCUUCACCUGUAAAAUUGAGGGGGAUGCACUAGAUGAGUUCCCUUUAAUCUUGAAAUCUAAAGAUUCAGCAUUUAACCCCCAGAGUCCCCAAGAACCAUGGCUUUCUUGGGGGCCCAAGCCAGUGACAUCACCCCCCAGGAUCAGGGGGCAGGAGCACCUUCUGCUCCCCUCUGCCCCUCAGUCCUCCAGGAUGGAGAGGAAGAAGAGGAAGAACAAGCAGAGACCUACCUGUGUGUGCUGUGGCAUUCUGGAUGCCUGGGCAUAGUCUACUAUGACAGCGCUGACUCCACCAUCUACUUCUUGCCAGACACCCCUGACUGUGAUAACCUCAAACUUCUCCAGAGAGUUGUGGAUGAAAUCAGCCCAAGAUCCAUCAUCACAAGUGCCAAGCAGAAUGAGAGCAUGGCUCAGUUUCUGAGGAACCUGGUCUCACCUGAACACAAGGAGCUGGGGACCCCUGAAACUGUACUGUUGCCCCACGUGGAUUUUGGUCUAGAAAUCAGCAAACAGCGCAUCCUCUCUGGUAACUUUUCCUUCAUGCCAGAAUCCUUGACAUCCACUGAGAAAAUCCUCUUCCUGUCUUCUAUCAUCCCAUUUGAUUGUCCUCUCAUGGUACAAGCCUUGGGAGGGUUGCUUAAGUUUCUGAAUCGGAGAAGAGUCAGUGUGGAACUGGAAGAUGGCAGCGUCAGUGUACCAAUUCUAGGCUUCAAGAAAUUUGUCUUGAAAGAUCUCGUGAGCAUAGACCAGGACACGUAUAGUGUCCUGCAGAUAUUUAAGAGUGAGACCCACCCAUCGGUAUACAAAGUGGCCAGUGGACUGAAGGAGGGGCUCAGCCUGUUUGGAAUUCUCAACCGCUGCCGCUCCAAAUGGGGUGAAAAAUUGCUCAGGCUGUGGUUAAUGCGGCCAACCCAAGACAUAGAGGAACUGAAUUCCCGUCUGGAUGUUAUCCAGUUUUUCCUGCUACCCCAGAACCAAGAGAUGGCACUGACCCUGCAUGGACUCCUGAGCCACAUCAAGAAUGUGCCUCUUAUCCUGAGACGUAUGGUCCUGUCACACACCAAGGUCAGCGACUGGAAAAUUCUCUAUAAGACAGUGUAUAGUGCUCUGGGCCUUCGAGAUACUUGUCGAUCUCUGCCUCAAUCCAUCCAGCUUUUCCAGGAUAUCGCCCAGGAAUUUUCUGAUGAUCUCCAUCAUAUUGCCUGCCUCAUCAACAAAGUGGUGGACUUCGAGUGCAGCACUGCAGAAAAUAGAUUCACUGUCCGACCCAACGUUGAUCCAGAUAUUGAUGAGAAGAAACGGAAGCUGAUGGGACUCCCCAGUUUCCUCACAGAGGUUGCCCGGAAAGAGCUGGAGACUCUGGAUAGCCGUAUUCCUUCAUGCUGUGUUCUCUACAUCCCCUUGAUUGGCUUCCUUCUCUCUAUCCCCCGCCUGCCAUUUAUGGUAGAUCCAAGUGACUUUGAGAUUGUGGGCCUAGAUUUCAUGUUUUUGUCUGAAGAGAAGCUACACUAUCGAAGUACCCGAACCAAGGAAUUGGACUCAGUCCUGGGGGACCUUCACUGUGAGAUAAGAGAUGGAGAGACACUACUGAUGCACCAGCUGCAGUGCCAGGUGCUGUCCAGGGGGGCAGUGCUGAACCGAGUGAUAGAGCUUGCUUCCCGACUAGAUGUCCUACUGGCCCUGGCUGGGGCUGCCCGGGACUAUGGCUAUUCACGGCCCCAGUAUUCCCCUAAAAUCCUUGGGGUGAGAAUACAAGAAGGCAGACACCCACUAAUGGAGCUGUGUUCCCGUACCUUCGUACCAAACUCUGCUGAGAGUGGUGGGGACACAGGAAGGAUCAAAGUCAUCACAGGCCCUAACUCCUCAGGAAAAAGCAUCUACCUUAAACAAAUAGGUCUGAUUACAUUCAUGGCUCUGGUGGGGAGCUUUGUGCCAGCAGGCAAGGCUGUAGUUGGAGCAGUGGAUGCCAUCUUCACCCGAAUCCGUAGCUGCGAGUCUAUCUCCCUUGGUCUCUCCACAUUCAUGAUUGAUCUCAACCAGAUGGCAAAAGCUGUGAACAAUGCCACUGAGAAGUCCCUGGUCCUCAUUGAUGAGUUUGGGAAGGGAACUAACACGGUGGAUGGAUUGGCACUUCUGGCUUCUGUGCUCAGACAUUGGGUGUCCCUAGGGCCCAGCUGUCCCCAGAUCUUUGUUGCCACCAACUUUCUGAGCCUCAUUCAGCUGCAGCUGUUGCCCCCUGGACCCCUUGUAGAGUAUCUGACCAUGGAGACCUGCGAAGAUGGAAAUGACCUCAUCUUCUUCUAUCAGGUCCGAGAAGGUGUUGCAAAUGCCAGUCAUGCCUCCCACACAGCAGCCCAGGCUGGACUCCCAGCUAAACUCAUCACUCGUGGGUUAGAGGUCUCAGAGUUAAUCGGAAAAGGAAAACCUAUUAAGCCUGAUAGAGGACUUUUAAAGGAGAAUCAGCUGGAAAAUUGCCAGGCCUUGGUGGAUAAGUUCCUGAAACUGGAUUUGGAAGACCCUGAAUUGGACUUGAGCAUUUUCAUGAGUCAGCAAGUUUUACCUACAGCCUCCUCCAUCCUCUGAUCAGCCCUCCUUUCUCCAGGAUAUCAAGUGUUCUAUCCCUUCUCCUCAACUCUGGACCCCCAUCUCUAACUUUAGUAUUGUUUGCUUGGGGGAAAACUGUAUGAUUUGGGGAAUAAAACAUAUAAUUUGGAAAAGGUAUUGCUUUCCUAGACCCUCCAAAAACAAAAAGACAGGUGGGAGCUGACACCCCAUUAGAAAAGUAGGCACUUGUCCAACAUCAUCAAAAUCCUAGAAAGUAACAAAUUACUUUUGAGACACCAUACGGAUAACUCAGGAGAGACUUAGCAAUAACAAAUCGCUUCAUGCUGGGAAUCUGCUAACUGGCUGUUUUGGUCUAAACUGAACUAGCUGUGGGUUAUUUGGUGAGAUGGAGGGCAGGAGUAUGGCUCAGUGAGAAAAUCCCUGAACUGAAAGUGAAGAAAAUUGGAUUCGAACUCUCUUUCUGCCACUGACUGUGUAACCAUGGUCCAGUUGUUUCUCUUUUCAGGACCUGUUUCUUUAUCUGUAAAUAAUUUCUAAGGUUCCUUCCAACUCCAACAUUCUGUAAUUCUAUGCGAUCCUUCCAAUUUGAAAACAGAAUGUCCCAAAAAGAAAUAGAAAGAUACAUGAGAGGAAAAGUGCAGUCAGAAAGAAAGAAUGAGAGGCUAAGA